GGCCACCCCACCCACUGGCUCUUCGGCCACGUCCAUGAGUUUCUCAAGGAGGAAGAGGUGCUGGACAAGGUGGAGAUCUGGGCACAGAAGUACCUAUAUGCUCACCCUCUCUGGUUCGGGAAUUUCUCAGCAUUCCUGGUUGUCACCGAUCCCGACUAUGCCAAGGCUGUGUUGGCCAGAGGAGAUCCCAAGGAUAACAUCAACUAUAAACACCUUGUCCCGUGGAUCGGGAACGGGUUGCUGAUCUUACAUGGUCCAAAAUGGCACCAACAUCGAAAACUCCUGACUCCGGGGUUUCAUUACGACAUCUUGAAACCAUACGUGGCCCUGAUGGCAGAGUCUACUAACGUGAUGCUGGAUAAAUGGGAACAGCUGAUCACAGACGGGAAACCGGUGGAGCUCUUUGAGCACGUCAGCUUGAUGACUCUCGAUAGCAUCAUGAAAUGUGCCUUCAGUUGUCACAGCAACUGCCAAACCAACAGGAAAAACACCUACAUCCAGGCUGUCUAUGACCUAUGCCACAUGGUGCACCAGCGCCUCCGCAUCUUCCCCUACCACAACGACAUCAUUUACUGGCUCAGCCCCCACGGCUAUCGGUUCAGGAAGGUCUGCCAGCUCGCUCAUGACCACACAGACAAGGUGAUCCACGAGCGAAAGGAGUCCCUUAAAGAUGAACGGGAAUUUGAAAAGAUCCAGAAGAAGAGACAUUUGGACUUCUUGGACAUUCUGCUGUGCGCCAAAGAUGAGAACGGAGCUGGACUGUCUGAUGAGGACCUGCGUGCCGAGGUGGAUACGUUCAUGUUUGAAGGCCACGAUACAACGGCCAGCGGGAUCUCCUGGCUCUUGUACUGCCUGGCGUCACACCCCGAGCACCAGGCACGGUGCCGGGAGGAGAUCCAGGAGAUCCUGGGGGACCGGGAGACGCUUCAGUGGGAGGACCUGGGCAAGAUGACUUACAGCACCAUGUGCAUCAGGGAGAGCCUUCGCCUUUACCCACCGGUGCCCGGCGUGUCCCGACAGCUCAGCAAACCCAUCACCUUCCCCGAUGGACGUACCUUGCCAGAAGGCGGCAUCGCUGCGAUAAGCAUUUAUCUCAUUCACAGAAACCCCGCGGUAUGGAAAGACCCUUUGGUGUUUGACCCUCUGCGGUUUUCCCCGGAGAACGUCUCUGGCAGACACUCUCACGCCUUUCUGCCUUUUUCAGCUGGAACGAGGAACUGCAUCGGGCAGCAGUUUGCCAUGAACGAGAUGAAGGUGGCUCUGGCCCUGACCCUGCUCCGCUUUGAGCUCUCGCCCGAUCCCGCCAAGCCUCCCUGCAAAAUACCUCAGAUCAUCCUUCGAUCCAAAAACGGGAUUCACCUGUAUCUAAAGAAAAUCCGCUGA